CUCUUGAUUCAUCUAUGCGUAAAAAAAAAAAAAAAAACAUUGAUUCAUCUAUAAAUAUUGAAUCCAUCUGCUUUAUGUCGACACACUCAAAUUUCUCACCAAACAAAAGCUCAACUCUGUGGUUUCCAGGCUCUCUAUCUCUGAGAUAAACAUGUGGUCUCUGUAUGGAGAUUUUGCAUUUCCAUUGACAAUAUUUCUGCUACUAUUAAGCACACAAUGCUCAAGCUAUUCUGCUCAAAUUAAACCUAAAAUAAAAUCAGCUGUUUUUUUGUCCCCUAAAUUUGAGCUAGGACCUGGAUCAGUUAUCGAUAGAUUUUAUCCGGAUAUUGAUUUUCCAAGAGGUCAUAUAGCGCUCAAGAGUUUCAAUGCCGAAGUAGUUGAUGAUGUUGGAAAUCCUAUACCUCUCCAUGAAACUUAUCUCCAUCAUUGGGCUAUUUUUAGAUAUUAUCAAAGUAAAAAUGUGACACAAACAAAACAUGAAAGCAAGGUACUUGAAGACUUUGAUAAAGUUAUUGUGUGGAACAGUGGCAUAUGCCAAGAAAAGAUUCUUGGACAGUACUUUGGCCUUGGUUCUGAAACACGAGGAACGUCGACAGAUAUUCCAGAUCCUUUUGGUAUAGAGAUAGGUAAUCCUAUAGAGAUUCCAGAAGGGUUUGAGGAGAAAUGGCUGGUUAAUAUCCAUGCAAUUGAUACUCGUGGAGCCGAGGAUAAGUUAGGGUGCACUGAAUGUAAAUGUGACCUUUAUAAUGUUACAAUAGAUCAAUAUGGAGAAGUUAUAAGACCAGAUUAUAAAGGAGGACAGCGAUGUUGUCAUGAUUAUACACAAUGCAAGUUAAAAGAUGGUUUUAAGGGACCAAAGAAAAACCUAUACUUAAGAUACACAGUGAAAUGGGUUGAUUGGGAUGAUUUUGUAGUGCCGGUAAAAAUAUAUAUAAUUGAUGUGACCGAUAAAGGAAUGAACUCAGAUCAUAGAUGCAAGAUUGAGUAUAACAUUGAAGCUUGCAAUACAGACCAUAAGGAGGGAAAUAGUUGUGUCGAUGUGAAGAGGACAAGUCUCCCACUACCUGGUGGCUAUGUGAUUUAUGGUGUUGCUCAUCAACAUUCAAGUGGAAUUGGAUCGACUCUAUAUGGACAGGAUGGGAGGGUUAUAUGUUCUUCUAUACCAAGUUAUGGAAAUGGAAAUGAAGCAGGAAAUGAAGUCGGAUACCUUGUUGGCAUGUCAACUUGUUAUCCUAAACCAGGUUCUGUCAAAAUAAUUGAUGGUGAAAUUUUAACUCUAGAAUCUCUUUACAACAACACCAAAGAACACACUGGAUUGAUGGGGUUUUUCUACUUAUUGGUGGCAGAACAACUCCCUUCCCAACGCUUCAUUCAUUCUACUCGUUCUUCAUUUUUUAUGGAUGUCGAUACUAUAUUUUUAGAUAAUUAGUUUUUACAUAUAUAUAUAUAUAUAUAUAUAUAUAUAUAUAUAUAUGCAGUGUGUAGUGCCAUGGAUAAUAUCAAAGUACUAUAUUGUGAAGUGUGAAUGAACAAUACAGUUCUCUUUGUAUAGUGUCCUAGCUAUAGGAGAAAAACAAGUAUGUCUCGGAUUUGGGCAUAUUUUGUAGUUUAUAUUUUUUUGCUUAAUUCACUCCUUCUUGUAUCAUAUGGUCUGUAAGAUAAGUUUGUUUGUAGCAUUUGGUUGGUUCAUUGUAAUUACUUUGUAAUAUAAAAGGGACUUCCAUUUAGUAUGAAAUAUAUCUGUUACUUA